AUGAAAGAACAUGCAGAUCCUGAGCUUGAGCCUCUUGCAGGGCCAGUGCCUCCUCAAACCACAGUAAUAGGAUCAAUUCUUCGAAGCUUAAACUCUCUAUACCAUUCUCCCCGAGAUUUAUGAAUUUUAUAUACAAUUGAGUUAUUCUCAAUGACCAGCAUGGAAUUAAUUAUCAUCUGUAUGAAAACCUACUUAGAAGACUCAAUCGGUUUAACAGAAAAUCAAGUUGCGUUAAUUAUCACUUUUUUCAUUUUCAUGUCAGCCAUUAUUUGCAUUGUAUUUGGGAAUUGCAUUGACAGGUUUGGAGUAAAAAACACAAUAAAGGUGUCUCUUUUUAUUGGAAUUUUUGGCUUUGUCUUGCUUUGUGCUGUAACUAAUAAGUAUGCUGUACAGACUAUAAUUUUGCUAUUUCACGCUCCUAGUUCAGCACUACUAUUAGGCUGUUUCAAAGUCGGGAUAAAACAUUAUACCUUAGAAGCUGCAAGAAGUCUUGGAUAUUCUCUAUUCUAUAUGGUUCUCAUAACUUCAUCAAUUAUUGCUAAAGUUCUUAAAGAUUGGAUUUGCAAUCCACUUGAUAACGAAGAUAUUUUGACUUUUAGAUACAUUUUUGGAGUUGCCAUUUGUUUCUUACUAGUAGCUUGAUUCCUACCUUAUUUUUUGAGAGAACUCGAUUUCCAGGUUUCUGGGACAACAGAAAUUGUAAAAGAUGACGAUCAUGGAAAUAUGUGAAAAUUUGUUAGAAGCGUACUGAUUUUAUCAUCAUUUUGAAGACUAGUCAGAUUUGCCCUUCUGGUUUCCUUUAUGAAAGCAGCAUAUUCACAUGUAUAUGUGACAAUGCCUCUAUAUCUCAAUGUAACAAUUGAAUUUGACGCUCACAUUGAAUAUGCCUUUAUAGUUCAUAAGAUGACAGUUUUGAUAGCGAUUAUCCCAUUGACAUUUUUAGUCAAUUUUAUUAGCAAUUUUAACUUGGUACUCAUUGGAUCAUCCAUAACAACUUUAUCAUUUGCCCCAAUAAUUAUGUAUGAAGAUCCAACCUAUUUCCGGGUGUGUCUUUUUGUGUUUUUCCUUUCUAUUGGUGAAGCAAUUGUUGCACCGAGGUUUAUAGAAUAUGCAAUUCAGAUUGCUCCAAAAGGAAAAGAGGCCACAUUUUUCUUAAUCGCUACAGUUCCGAUGAUUAUUUAUGUCAUUAUUGCUGGAGGAGAGUCAGGGAGAGCUAUUAAAGAAUAUUGUAACCCUGCGAAUAUUUUUAAUGGACAGGGAAAUGAUUGCAGGCUUGUUUGACUUAUUAUUUUCACAAUUACUUUGGUUUCGGCGAUUUUGCUUUUAUCUCUUGUCAAAUAUCUGAGGCAGCCAGAAAUAGAGACUCAAAAGUAUAUAUCAAUGUCCAAAGAAGCAAAAGAUCAUCAAUCAAGUCAAUAA